GGGUAUGCGUCGCUAUGCGUCCUCCUCGCUAGUUGCCCGGCCCGCAGCGGGCAUGGUGCAGCCGCCGCCCGGGCGGCAUGGCGACCUGGAAGCGGGACAGUCGGCUCACCGCUCUGCAGCGGCUCAGCUGCGCCGGGCUGGCCGGGGCGCUGAGCCACAGCCUGACGGCGCCUCUGGAAGUUUUCACCGUCCUGGCCCAAGUUGGCACUCACCACUCGCGGCGAGGGCUCUGGGAGACGGGGCGCAGCUUAUGCAAGGCCGAAGGCAUUGGGGCCCUCUGGAAGGGCAACCUCACCGCCUGUUUGCGCCUCUUUCCCUACAGCGCCCUACAACUGGCCUCUUACCGCAGGUAAGCCGGGGUGAAAACCCCCCUCGGCUUUCGGACCCAACCAGUUGAUACCAAAGCAAUGGCGUGGUGCGGGGACACGGCUCUCUAAGGGUUAAUAAUUCCUGCAGUUCGUUGUGGCAGCCCAGCAUUUUCCCAUUUCCACAGGCUCAUGGAAGGGGAGGGGACUCCAGUAAACUUCAGUCUUAUUUUCACCUAACUAAGCUCUGUUGAACACAGUGAGACCUCCGCGUAAAGAUGCACGGAGGUCCGAGUAAGAAUGACUUCAAAAAUAAAAAAAAUAUUUACCGUAUAUAGUAUUAACCAAUCAGAGGGGUGGACUGAAGAGACAGAGGAAUACCGGUAGUUAAAGGGCUCUCUGAACGCUCCAGCUGAUGUCGAAUUUCCUUCCUGUCUCUAGGAAGGUGUGUGGAACAGUGUAGCUUUCUGGAGGUGUUUGUUUUUUAACUGUCUAACUCUGAAACCUAAAAGACAGUUAAUCUUUCUGUCUACAAUUAACUGUCCACAAAAUGUAUUUUCCAUGCAGAAAGUGAGUUCAAAAACUGGUUCUUGCCCUGUGCAACAUACGGACUUUCAUUAUAAGCUGCAUUCUGUGCCCAAAAACAGAACUUAUAUUUCCCUUUUGGUUUUGAAUAAGAUAAUAGGAUGAAGGUUUUCUAUAUUUCCCCCAGUGGUGGGAGCUAGAUGUAGCUUCCGGGGUGUGGUGCUGAAGAGAGAGCUGUAAAUCAAGUUUGAUUUCUUUUAAAAGAAAGACAGAAAUAAAUUAAACCUGUUUUAGAUCAUCUUAGGCAGCUGAGGUUUUUUUGCCUUCUGUUAGCCAGACUUCACACAUGCAUAGUAGGCCUGCCACUUUUGUGUUGGACGCAAAGUUCUCCUUAUUUCAGACUUAAGCUAAUCAGGAAUUCAUCAGAACUUGCAUUGAACGGAAAGUUCGCAGAAGGCCUUUUCGAUUAUUGUCUGGGGCGGGGUGGCCAAACUACAAAGGUAUAAGGCAAGAGCCACUGAAAAAAAUGAAACAAAUGAGGGGGGGAAGCCAUGGUUUCUUUGAUUAACUCAUGGUUUGUUAAACAGUAGCUUAAACAAACCAUGAUUUAGUGUUACAAAUGAAUCACUGACUUUAUCUACGUUGUGUAUCUGACUUGUGAUAUCCCCACCCCUAUAUAUCAUACCAGGUUUGUCUUGCUGUUUGUGGAUGAUUUGGGCCACAUCUCCCAGUGGGGUUCGAUCAUGGCUGGAAGUUUGGCUGGCAUGGUGGCUGCUGUUGCAACGUACCCAACCGAGGUCGUCAAAACCCGUCUCAUUGUACAGAACCGGUUGGAGCCCUCCUACAAAGGAAUUCUGCAUGCUUUGUACAUGAUUUAUCAUCAAGAAGGCGUCGCUGCACUUUAUCGUGGUGUUUCACUGUCAGUAUUAGGUAUCGUGAGACUGCGUUCUUUUUCCUAUAACAUUGGGGUUGGAAUAGUGACUGAAAGGAAAGUCAGUGCUUUUUAGUUACAGUCAUACCUUGGGUUGAAUGUGCUUCAGGUUGAGCGCUUUCGGGUUGUGCUCCACGGCAACCCAGAAGUAACGGAGAGCGGUACUUCCAGGUUUCGCCACUCACGCAUGCGCAGAUGCUCAAAAUGAUGUCACGCGCAUGACCCGCACACGCGCAGACACGCCGUUGCAUCUUACGUUCCAUUCAGGAUGUGAACGGGGCUCUGGAACGGAUCCCGUUCGCAUCCUGAGGUACCACUGUAUUUUACUUAGAGUAUUUUCUGUGCCACCUGUUUUCUGGGCAGCUUCUAACAAAAAGACAUUAAAAUACAGCUGUCAGUUCUAUCAAUAAAACAAUAAAAGGCAGCAUUAAAUUUUGAAAUGCAAUAAGACAAGCCCCCUUUUUUAAAAAUCGCUUGUGUCAGAUCUCAGUCUAUUGCCUGCAAAACUGGUGUAUCAGCAAUGAGCUGUUAACUGCAUUCUCAGUCAUUCAUCCUCCCCAAAACGAUGUGAGGAGAUCCAAUUCUUCUGAUUUUGCAGAUGGGGGAUCAUGAUUGAGAGGCAUAAAUUUUCCCAUGACCAAAUGUAGCAAGGAAAAAAGAGGCAAUGCACACAAUCUGCAAUACAGAUUCUGAUUGGACCCAACAGCAGAUACUAUACAGUGGUACCUCUGGUUGCGGAUGGGAUGUGUUCCAGAGGUCCGGACGGAUCCCGAGGUUUCCACAACCUGAGGACUGCUUCUGUGCAUGCGUGCGUGGCAAAACCCAAUCAAAUACUUUUGGGUUUGCCGCUUUCGCAUCCUGAAGUUUACGUAACCAGAGGAUUACUUAACCAGAGGUACUACUAUAUAUGGUUUUUAAAAGACCCAUUCAAUUGCCAGUGAUGGCCUUGGUGCCUCACCUACUUCGGCUUUUAUAGUCCAAAUGUUUUAGAAAACCAAGUAUAUCCCAAAAGAAUAUUUGCAUCUUACAUUGUGCCAAGUUCUGUAGUACAAUGCUUUUCUGUUUUAGCCUUAACAAAAAUGCAAUCAGACUUUGGAGUUAAUGACAUUUCCAGGACAGUAAGCACAUGUUAAUCAGCAACUUCUGCUACAAAAGAGCAUGAGAAGAAUCCUGCUGGAUCAAACCAAAGUCUUAUGUAGUCUAGCAUUCUGUUCUCAUUGUGGCCAACAAAAUGGCUGUAGGAAGCCCCAAAAGCAGCCCCUGGGUGCAAACACACUUCUUACGUUUCCAUUUUCUGGAGGCCGAAAUUAUUGCAGGAGAAAGAUAUUCCCAUCAUACCCUGCUUUGCAAACUUCUCAGAGGCAUCUGAUUGGCCAGUGUUAGCAGAUGGGAUGUUGAGCUAGGUGGUUUCUUGAUCUGAACCGGCAUAGCAAUUUGUAUCAGUAAGCACCUAACAGCUUCCACAAGUCUCAUUUGCUUGCUUGCUUUUCAUGACAGGUGCUAUCCCGUUUUCCAUUGGCUCUUUCCUCGUUUACACACAUCUGGAUAAAAUCUGGGGUCAGCCCAGCAUCCGCUUCACUCCUGUGCAGAACUUUGUGAAUGGUUGCCUGGCUGCUGGUGUCGCACAGUCACUUUCUUUCCCUUUUGAAACAGUCAAGAGGAAAAUGCAGGUAUGGAAUUUAGGGCUACCAUAUUGCUCUAGAACUGGGGUAUGCAACACACCAGCCUCUUGCUCAGGGGUUGCCAACCUUUGUUGGGGGACUGUAGGCACAUUUGCAAAAGCUCUUGUGGGCACCACACCCCCACAACCAAGCACAUGUUGCAACCUGUUCUGAUGACUACAGCAGAAUGUAUCUUUCACACCUAAUUUCAUUGGAGGGAGGGAGAGGGUCCUGUUGGCAUCAGGGAAGGUCAAUGGGCACCACAUUGGCAACCUCCACUCUAGUGGCAUAGGCAGCGGAAAGGUUGUGGCAUAUUGGGAGCAAGAGGGCCCGUAGACGAGAUGAUCACACCUCUUCUGGGCUGCACUGUAGUCUGCUUAAAGGACGGGAGGGAAAAUCAUACCUGGGACUGUGGACAUAUGUUUAGCACUAUGUGCUAGAUUCUGGAACUAGAAGGUAGAUGUAUUGGUAGACCUUUGAGUUGUUUGCAGGGGAUCAUCCAGGUUUUCUGAUUUGACUGAUCCAACCUGCAAGUUUUAUCUCAGAGUCUCAUGAUUUCCUAGCUGUAAAAUGGGGCUUUAUUUAUUUAACAAUUUCUUUACCACUUGGUUAGAACAAAAGCUCCGAGUGGUUUACAAGAAAAAAUAUCAAUAAAAGCAGUUAAAAUCAAGUAGUUAAAAUGCAAUUAAAACCAGCUGUAAACUUAAAAAGAGUUCCAAAAACAUCAACAUAUAUGUGUUUGGAUAGGCUUGCCAUAAGAAAAAUGUUUGAAGCAGACUGUAUAGUUCAUCACUUGCUGUGCCUUAAAUUUGCAAGUGCAAACACCCCUCACAUGCCACUGUCAUGUCUUGCCUUGAGUCAAUCAUUUAUCUCUCAUCUUUAAUGUUCCUUGCCUAUAAAUAACAUGAGUAUUAACUGGCCGGCCCUUAGAAUAAUUUUAGAGCUUUGUGAUAGAAUCCCUAGUCUGUAAUAAGUCAGAAGUAGUUUUGUAUUUGUAUAUGCAGUUUAUCCAAGUGUAUGGCUCAUGGAGGGGAUGUGGGUGGCGCUGUGGGUUAAACCACAGAGCCUACGACUUACUGAUCAGAAGGUCAGCGGUUCGAAUCCCCGUGACAGGGUGAGCUCCCGUUGCUCGGUCCCUGCUCCUGCCAACCUAGCAGUUUGAAAGCACGUCAAAGUGCAAGUAGAUAAAUAGGUACCGCUCUGGCGAGAAGGUAAAUGGUGUUUCCGUGCGCUGCUCUGGUUCGCCAGAAGCAGCUUAGUCAUGCUGGCCACAUGACCCAGAAGCUGUACGUCGGCUCCCUCGGCCAGUAAAGCGAGAUGAGCACCGCAACCCCAGAGUCGGCCAUGACUGGACCUAAUGGUCAGGGGUCCCUUUACCUUUAUGGCUCAUGGACAACAGCAGAGAGUUGGCAGCACCAUUUUGCAUCUGUAGCCCAGCUGUUGAGCCUUGGGGUUCUAGUAACGAGCAAAGCAGACCGCCACCAUUGCACUAGAAUGGUACCAGUCCUUACAUUUGCCAUGUGGCAUCCUUUGCCGCAAAGGAAUUGUUGCUUUAGAGCAGGGUUGGAGAACCUGUAGCCCACCUGGUGUUGUUGGACUGCGGCUCCCAUCAUCCCCUACCAUUGGCCAUUCUUCCUGGGGCUGAUGGGAGCUGGAGUCCGGUAACAUCUGGAGGCUGCAGUUUGCUUGCCCCUGAGUAAUGGUACCUGUGUUGUUUCAUGCAUCCAAUGAAAAACAGCCUGGGAAGCAGGGCUUGUGGGAGACACUGCAAUGGAGGGGAAGAUCAAGCACACCCUGUUCCAUCCACCAGUUUUCCCCUGCAAAUGCUCUCUAAAUGCACAUUAAUUUAUAGAUUUGGAAACUUGUUAUAGGAAAGCAGGGAGGUUCUUCAUACUGCCGUUGGUGCAUCUAGCUCAAUAUUGUCCUCAUGGACUGGCAGUGCCUCUUGUAUCCCUACCUGGGGAUGCCAGGUAUUUAGUCUGAAACUUUCUGCAUGCAAAGCAGAUGCUCCACUCCCGAGUUAUGGCCCUUCCUUGUCUACAACAUUUGCCUUGUAACAUGUAGUUCUGCCCUUAGCUAUACAGUUGGCGGAGGAGAAAUGUUAGGUCAUUUUGAGCCACUAGAUGGUGCUGUUACUCCACAAUACACUUCCAAUUCAGGCUGAUUUCUGCAGCCUCCAACAUUUCCUCUCUGGUCUUUCUGCCUGGAUUUACCAGGCAGAAACCUUUUUUAUUAUUAUUAAGUUAGGAUAUUGCACACACUUAACUUGGAGUAAGACCCGUUGAAGUAACUGGGACUUAAUUCUCGCUAAAUAUGCAUAGAACUGAGAUAUGUGUUAAGUUGCUUCUUUCUUCAUUUUAAAAGCAUCCUUACAAAAAUGUAAAUUUGCAGCAUCUUUGUUGUUCACCCUAACUGUAUCCCUUUGUCUCCCUCUUUCCCUUUGCUCCUGGUUGACCUAUUAGCGAACUAAAAGGUAUAGUAUGCAUGUUUGGGCAUGGGUCCUCGUGGAUUAGAGUAAAAAGUGCAGAUGCUGGGUAGGUUUCUUUUUGCUAACAUGCUGCUGAAUUUUAGAAAGAAAGGGGAGGGAAGCAAGAGAGUACUAAAGCAUAAGGCAACAAUGACUUUUCAUAACGCUUUCCAUUUUUAGCAAAUGUGAAAGGCUUAGAAUUUUCUACAUAAGAGCAACGUUCGCAAGAUCCUUUUACAGACUCUUAGAUCCUUCUGUUGCACUGUGACCAAACAAACCAAGAAGCCUUCAAUUAACCAUAGUUGCCCAGUUUGUCCAGACUGGGAAACUGUGGUUUCCCAAGGCCAUGGCUCCAUGGUAAGGGAUCUGCAUUCUAUGCACAAGCUCCCAGGCAUCUUCAGGUAGUUCCUGGAGAGACUUCUGCCUGGAACCGUGGAGAGCUGCUGUCGGUCAGUGUUGACAGUACUGAGCUAGGUGGAACAGUGCGGUGACUUGGUACAAGGCAGCUUCCCCUGUUCCAUGUAAUUUCUGGCUUUGGAUCAAGCCUAAAUAUUAAAUUGUGACUCGAAGUUGGUUUCUUAUGUUCUGAAGCUGCUAACUAUAGAUUCUUGGUUUGGAUAAAAGCUAUGGUUAAUUAAAGGUUUCAUGUUUUAAUUACAUUUUGAGUGAAGGGAGAUACAGAAGGGCUUCAUGCAUUGGGGAAAGACUUGCUUUAUUAAGCAGAUAUACGAUUGAAGCAAAUGCACAAUGGGUCAGUGCAUCUUGCUGUUAACCAGAAGUUUGGUGGUUCAAGCCCACCAGGGAUAGCUGUGGACAGGAUUCCUGCACUGUAGGGGGUUGGGACACAAUGACCCUUGAGGUACCUUCCAACUCUACAGUUCUAUGAUUCUCUGAAACAUAUGAUUGUCAGAAGCAGCUGGAGUACUCUUAAACAAAUAUAUGAUUGACUGAAGCAGCUAAGUACUACUCAUUUAUUUAUUAUAUCCACCCCUCCAUCCUUUCUCAAAUGAGCAAAGGGCAGCAUGCAAGACUCCUCCCCAUUCUGACCCCCCCCCCCAUUUCAUCAGCAUAACAACCUUGUGAGGUAGGCUAGACUAAAAGAAAAAUAGCAACUGGCCCAAGGUGAGCUUUAUGGCCAGCAGAUAUUUGGACCUCUGUCUCCAAGAUCCUCCUCCAUCCCUCUACAAUGCCACCUUGACAAUUUAUAAUUGUUGCAAUUUAAAUAAAAAGAAAGGGUAAUCUAUUCAUUUAUUUAGAAGACUUAUAUGCUACUCUUCAUAGUAUCUGUCCCAGAGCGGUUCGCAAAAUAGAUCAAUAAAAUAAUAAUAAUAAUAAUCUACAAUAAUGGAAGUAGGCAAUUCCUGGCACCCAAACAUGUGGAAGGAAUCCUUUAAAUCAGGGGUGCAGAAUUUGUGCCCUUCAGGUGUAGUUUUGGGAUUACAACUACCCUAAUCUUGAACUGUUGAUCAUGCUUGGCUGUAGCUGAAGGGAACUGGAAUCUGCGUGUGUGUGUAGAAAGUAGCCUAGUGUACAAAGUUAAAAGUCACACUUGUUGCUCCACCUACAUUUGCCUGUGGCCCCACCUACUAUUGGCAUGUGGCCCUUGGGGGGUUAUAUAGAAGGGAAUGUGGCCCUUAGCUGGAAAAGGUUCCCACCUGUGCCUUGUAUCAUCCAUUUUUGAUGCACCUAGAACCUGAGAGGAUAUAUCAGAACACACACACACAGACACACACACACACUUCUCUUUUACAGAAGCUUUCUGGACUGGUUGCCUCGAGACAGAUUUUAUUUACCCAGUGGGACUGGCUUGGCGGUAGAUUAAUGACAGGCAAAAGAAAGCUGUUCCUUGCACAAUGCAUACUUUUAUGGAGUCGGCUGCAGUGAAAGCCACUUGCCUUGCAGAGAUUUCAGAGGGCGCUCAACAGGUUCAUGGAGAUCAGCAACUGUUAGCCCUGACAAGUGGGUCCUGUAACAAAAUGCUGCAGUGUGGAGUGCUUUGCUUCACUGUUGAAAUCAGCCAGCCAUGUCUUCCUCCACAACACUUCAUUCCAUUCUCCCUUCCACCCCAGUUUUCUCCUCCCUUGCAAAUUCUACGACCAUUGAGUUCAUAGGCCUGGUUUAUUUUGGGAGCAGGGGUGUCGGCUCCUCAACAAGCUGUACACUCGUACAGUUAUUCACAAGUAAUGUUCAGCGAGUGCUGUGCUUUCCCCCCAGAGGUACUCAAGGGUACGUAGUACCAGCACCUCUUUUUCUAGAAGAAAGGCACUAGCUAAAAGUGUUGCACUUACUGUAACAACUUCAUGGUGAGUACCGGCACCUUUUCCCCUAGAAGGAAAGCACUGAACAAGUGUAUAGUUUGUGUGCCUGGGUACCCAACAUUCAAGCUGUACAUGUGCACAGUCAUUUAGCCACAUUGAAUUCAGUGGGCUCACUGCUAAGCAGAUGCGUACAGCAUUGCACUACAUGUCAUUUUCCUUUCUAUUCCCUUAUUUCUGUUUCUGUUUCCAUAAAGCUCAAAGUCAGGAUCCCAGAAAGGAACUGAUUUGUGAUAGGCUUAGGGGAGUCAGAAGGAAUCUCAAGCUAGGCCAGAGAAAGUAUAACUUGUGGAAUUGUUUGGCAGAGCUCCUGCACCUUUAGAAGCUGAGUAGGAGAGGGAAGCAACACCUGCUGAAAUCCCCUGUCAUGCACAGCUGCUAAUAUGCUAAUAUUUCAGAGCUGAAAUUUGGGGUCAGACUAGAUGACCGCCAGCUCCCUUUUUGUCCUGAAUAUGCUGAAAUUCGGGGUCAGGCUAGAUGACCCCUGGGUCCCUUUUUGCCCUGAAUAUGCUGAAAUUUGGGAUCAGGCUAGAUGACCGCUGGCUCCCUUUUUGCCCUGAAUAUGCUGAAAUUUGGGAUCAGGCUAGAUGACCGCUGGCUCCCUUUUUGCCCUGAAUAUGGAGAUAUGCCCACUUUGGCAUCUGGUCCUCCUAUAAUGGAAUUCACCACCUCGAGAUCUGGCACUGGCCAUUAGCUCCAGUGGCUUUCAUAGCACAGUCCUAUAGAUGUCUACUCAGAAGCAAGCCCCACUGUGUUCUCCCUGGUAAGUGUUUAUAGGAAUGAUUUCUUGGGAGGAGUACAAGUCUACCAGUUGGCUGCGAUAGCUAAAAACAGAUAUCCUCAGAAGAAGGAUUGGAACCUCAGAACAGAAUCCUGAAACAUUAGAUCAGAUUCUGAUAUCUGGCAACCCCAGACCUUGUUCUCACUUUGGGUGGCCUGGUGCAAAAGAUGACAGGUGCUCUUACACCUUUAUGUAGGAAACAUCAUUUUACCAGGUGCACAAAAUCCCCCUCCUUUGCAGUACUAUUAAAAGUUCUUUCUGGACACCCUAGUAUCAACCAGCAAAGGAAGUAGUAUCAACUUUUAGUGUAUGUAUUGUAAACAAACCCCCAUUGGAAGCCUGAAUUAAUCCACCACCAGCAGGGAGUCCUAUUGUCCCAACCUAGUCCAAUGCAGAAACCGUGCCUGAUUCCAAAACUGUUUCCCUCUAGGGAUAUAACUGUGUCAGUUUCCCAGGCCCUUCCUUUGGGCAAAAGGAAUAAGCACAUCCCCAGACAAACAGAAUCUCAAGUGCUUCAUUGAAGCUUCGACUGAGGGCUGCAAGAUGUGAGGUUGGGCUUCAUUCAGCCUGGAAGUAUUUAAAUAUCCCCAAUCGUCCGUGUUAACCUAGCCCUUGAAAGGAUUCUGUGUUCUUAUUUUAGAUUUCAGAUUAAGUGAAAUAAACGCCCCGAGUAAUUCUGCGCCACUUCUUUUCCUAAUCCCUUAUUAGCAAGGCUGGCACAUACCGCACUCCUAGGCUUUCUCACUGAAAAUAUAAUUUCAAAGAAUUAUUGCAGGGCAACUUUUCGUACCCUGGAAAGAUCCAUAAAAACCUGUGUCUUUAUUUCUUAAUUCAUUUCUAUAUCUCUUGGGUUUGGGCCUAUAUAUAUAUAUAUAUAUAUAUAUAAUUAAUGCAUGUAUUAGUUGCAUUAUUGUUUUAUUUACUUAUGGGAUAUUAGUGGGGGGUGUUUUAACCUUGCUUUGGAAGUAAAGGGACUUAUAUUGAGGCCAUGGUGAAGGGGAUUAAAAAAAAAAAUUCAAUCCGUUAAUCAAUUAAUAAGCAGAUAGUAAAUCCAAUCAAAAUUCUUCUGUCCAGUUGAAGAGUGCUUCUCUGUAGCGGAAACAUGUCCUGGAGGGUUCAUCUUUCAGUAAACAAAGUGAAGCAGCCAAGAACUUAAAAUAUGAGCGUGGAAGCAUCUCAUGUAUCAUCACAAGGCAUCCCUCCGACAGAGAGGAUCACUUUAGGCUUAUCACUGUUAAGAAGCUGUCUAAGGUCUGAUUUAACACAGAACAUGGGGCAUAGAGAAUGCUUUCCCCUUGUGAACCCUCCAGGCAUGUCUGGGUAAUUAAAUCUCUGGUGUGCUAGUGUUAACAUGUGAAUUUAAACGUAACCUAGGUAGAAAACAUUCCUGCACAGAAAUCUGCAGGACUGAGGCUGGGUCUGCAGAUGCAACAGAAGGAAAUGGUAAUGAGGCAGGUGUUUGAAUUGCUUGUACUACUUAGGUUGCAAGUUGAAGAUACUACUUUUGAAUGCUGUCAUUUUGUUGUUUUAAGGCCCUGCAAGCAGAAAUGUAACACAUCUGUGAAUUUCAUCUGCAGUUCUGGUAUUCUGUUUGCAAGAAGUUUUUAUCCUGCAGUCCAAAGUGGUGUGAUUUAUCCUGUUGACUCAUUCUUCUUGAGUUUAAACCAGUCCUAAUUCAUUGUAAGAAAACGAACUUGUUUCCUCUAUGGUGAAAGACAGUUUCCGAGCUGAACCUGCAGCGCUAGUGUCUCUUUGUACUUUCAAAGUUUCUUGCAAAUUCUCUCUAAUGCUGAAGAAUGAGAAAAGGAAAUGAGUUCUGCCCUUAUGGCUUAACUUGUAGGUCUUGGCGGAUAUCUCACACAGUGCCUUGCAGACAUCACUUAGCAUAACAUUUAUCUGGGAACUAGGCCAGAGAGAGAGUGAGAUGCAGAAUUCCCUUGCUGGAAGCACAGAACUUGUUGUCGUUUCCCUUCACUGUGGCUGCAGCAGUGAUUUCCAAACCGGAGCCAGGGCACAGACAUAUGUCCCAAGAGUAUUGCCAGUGUGGUAUAAGCAAGCAAUUAAUUAAUUAAAUAACUGAAGUAGAAGUGGCUAACAUAUGACCCUCCAAAUGUUGCUGGACUACAACUCUCAUCAUCCCUUGCUCUUGGCCAUGCUGGCUGGGGUUGACAGGAGGUGCAAUCCAACUCUACUUAAACACAUAUACAGAGAGAGAGAGAAAGGCUCUUUGCUGUUAGGAAAGUUAUGGGGAAAUGCAUUUAAGAGUGUGUGAAAGAAUGGAAGACAUGUAAAGACCCUCCAAACAAAACAGAACAAGUGCUUAUUGCUCUAGAACCCAUCCCAUAAAUAAAUCAGAGCAAAUGCUCAAUGAAGACUGGACCUAGCCUGACCACUGGAUAAAUUUUGGGCAAGCAAAUUGGGAUGAAUGCUGAAUAAAUAGGUCAUCUGGAGGAUCCCUGACCAGACAUGUAUUGAAUUGCGUUGUAGGCCUGCAAUUCUAAACACACUUCCUAAGGCGUUUUCCCCAUUGAAAUCAGUGAGACUUGAAAGCAAACAUGUCUUGAAUUACUCCAUGAUAAUGUAGCUGUUCAACAUAGAAUACUAGCAGGAUUGAAUGAAUGAAUGAAUGAAUGACAAAAGUAUGUUGUUGUUGUUUAGUCAUUUAAUCGUGUCCGACUCUUCAUGACCCCAUGGACCAGAGCACACCAGGCAGUCCUGUCUUCCACUGCCUCCCGCAGUUUGGUCAAACUCAUGCUGGUGGCUUCAAGAACACUGUCCAACCAUCUCAUCCUCUGUCGUCCCCUUCUCCUUGUGCCCUCCAUCUUUCCCAACAUCAGGGUCUUUUCCAGGGAGUCUUCUCUUCUCAUGAGGUGGCCAAAGUACUGGAGUCUCAGCUUCAGGAUCUGUCCUUCCAGUGAGCACUCAGGGCUGAUUUCCUUCAGAAUGGAUAGGUUUGAUCUUCUUGCAGUCCAUGGGACUCUCAAGAGUCUCCUCCAGCACCAUAAUUCAAAAGCAUCAAUUCUUCGGCCAUCAGCCUUCUUUAUGGUCCAGCUCUCACUUCCAUACAUCACUACUGGGGAAACCAUAGCUUUAACUAUUCAGACCUUUGUUGGCAAGGUGUAUACAAAAAAGUAUACUUUUGUGUGUGUACAAAAGGUGUGUACAAAAGUAUACUUUAGGUUAAAAGCACACUUAGCAGAUGAGUUUAUAAGUGAAUAGUAUGGAAUUGCUAGGCAGUGUAUUUUUCGUGUGUCUGUGUAAUUUAGACCAAGGGUGGGAACCUGUGGUCCUCCAAACAUUGGACUCCAGCUCCCAUCAUCUGCAGCCAAUACAGCCCAUGAAGGGCUAUAUCUCAGUGAUAGAGCAUAUGCUUUGCACAUAAAGGGACCCAUGUUAAAUCUCUGGGUAGAGCUGGGACUGCCAGUUGGUGCAGAGACAGAGAACCAAAAGUCCCCCGGACGCUGAUGGACUCAAGCUCCCAUCAGCCCUAGCCAGCAGGUCUAAUGGCCAGAGACACCGGGAGUUGUAGUCCCAACAACUUCUGGAGGACACCAGUUUCCCACCUCUGGUAUAGACAAGACUGAAAUACUUGGACCAGUGGUUUGAUACAGCAGCUUCCUAUGAUCUGUGAUAAUUGGAGUCCAGUAACAUUUGGAGAAGGGACACGGGUGGCGCUGUGGUCUAAACCACAGAGCCUAGGACUUGCCGAUCGGAAAGUCGGCGGUUCGAAUCCCCGCGAUGGGGUGAGCUCCCGUUGCUCGGUCCCUGCUCCUGCCAACCUAGCAGUUCGAAAGCACGUCAAAGUGCAAGUAGAUAAAUAGGUACCGCUCCGGCGGGAAGGUAAACGGUGUUUCCGUGCACUGCUCUGGUUCGCCAGAAGCAGCUUAGUCAUGCUGGCCACAUGACCCGGAAGCUGUACGUCGGCUCCCUCGGCCAAUAAAGCGAGAUGAGCACUGCAACUCCAGAGUCGUCUGCAACUGGACUUAACGGUCAGGGGUCCCUUUACCUUUUUAACGUUUGGAGAGCUGCGGGUUUGCCACCCAUGGCUUAGGCAAAUAGGAUCAGGUAAACUGCUGUGCAGAAUGGAAACCCCCCCCCCGUCCCACUAUCUCCUCUCCUUGUCUUUGUAUUGGUGCAAGUCUGAAAUUCAAAAGCCUGGAUCUUAUGUCCAAAAUCCGUAAAGUAAGGCAGCAGCAGCAAUACUAAGACUGCAAUCUCCUCUGUGCACUUAAUGCGGAAGUGUAAGGCCCAUUUAAUUCAAUGGGACUUCUGUGCAGAUAUUCUGUAUAUAUAUAUAUAUAUAUAUAUAUAUAUAUAUAUAUAUAUAUAUAUAUUUGGUGCUAGGCUGCAUUCUUAAGUGCACUUAAGUAAGAGUAGGCCCCAUGGAAAACAGCGCAACUUGCUUCUGAGUAGACAUGCAUCAGAGUGCAGUGUUAGUGACUUAAGGGCACUUGAAAACUAUCACUGUUUUGGGGUGGGAUUCAGUCACAUACCAGCAAAUGCAGCUUGCGCAACUGCAGCCAUACUGGUGCUCUUGCACAGCAAACCCACUUCCCUUUUUGCAACAAAGGAAGUGAUGAUAAAGUGUGGGAUAAGACUUGCUUUGAUGCAAAGUCAAAUAACCUCUGCUCAAACAAAUCAGAACAAAUGUUCAAUCCAUCGCAUAACCUCCCUGCAAACUUUGUGCAAUCAAAUUCGGAUGAAUGCUCAAGAAGUAGGGCACCCGGAAGUGAUCUUAGGCUGCAACCAUAACCCCACUUCCCCAUUAACCUUACUAGGACUUACUUCUAAGCAGACAUGGCUAGGCUUCUGCUGAAAGGGUUUCAGAACAACAGGGACUUGUUUUCCUCCUUUAAAAUGGUGAUGUGUUCUCUCCCGAGCAGGCUCAGAGUCCUUGCCUCCCACACCACGGAGGGGUUGAUAUCAAUUUUGCAGGCAUGGUGGACUGUUUUAAGCAAACGGUGAAGACAAAAGGGGUGCUCGCCCUUUGGAAUGGACUCACUGCUAAUUUACUCAGGGUACGUACUAAAGCACCUGUUGUUCAAUACGACUGGAGGUCUGAUUUAUUGUGCUCCUAAUUAGAAAUUUAUUCUUUUUUCCUCGUUCCAGAAUUUAACCAUGAAGUGUUCAUGAAAGUUAAGGAUUGCAUGCAGUUUUUUAAAGCUGUCAUUCUUUGUAGAUCCAUCUUUAUAUAACCUCGGAGUGGUUUUCAGGGUUCUCUCCUUCCCUGUUUUAUAUUCCCAACAACCCCAUGAGGUAGGUUAGGCUGAUCUAAGAUGACUGGCCUGCGGUCACCCAGUGAGUGGGGAUUUGAACCCAGGUCUCCCACUUCUAAUGGUCCACCAUUCUAACCACUGCACCACACUGCCUCUCGAUUAAUAAACAUGCUCAGGCUUUCCCCCUAUAGUAGGCUUGAAGCCUGGAUAAUGAAAGUACAUGACUAUUUAUGUGUUUUUGUUUGCUUGCUUUCUAAACAGAUUGUUCCUUAUUUUGGAGUCAUGUUCAGCACUUUUGAAUUCUGUCGUCGCGUCUGCCUGUAUCGAAAUGGUUACAUUGAUUCCCCUCUAACCUACAAGCUAACUCCAGGUGUGGACCAGAGUUUAAAGCCUAAAGAACUGCAAGAAUUUAAACUACUUGGAAGAAGAAGCUUUUAAGCCUCAGGAUGCAUUUUCUACAAAGCAAUACUAGGUCAACGCUGCAAAAUAAGACAUUGUGGUUUACUACCAGUUAACUAGCCCUCAGUUUAACAGCAUGCGACUUUUUCCUUAAAAUGCCUCUUAUUGAUAAAACUAGGCCCGAACUACUAAAUGGGCCACUAAGCCAAUGGAGCUCACCCGAUAUUGAUUGUGGUCUGCUGUGCAGUAGAGAACCUCCAGCCCAUGGCCACAAGUGGCAUCAAGUGUGGAGCAGACGGCUGCCCACUUGUCAAUCACAGGACGCCACAAUGGUGUCAGGUGCAAGGUGCUUUGAAGUCCCAAAGUCAGGACUUCAAAGCACCUUGCAAGGCACUGCUAAAACAGAGGGCAGGGCGUCUUUCGUGUUCUUGGGGUUUCCUUGCAAACCCGUCCCUGAAUCAGGAAAGGGUUUGCAUGGAAUCCUGCCAAACUGAGCAGGAUUUAACCCUGUUCAUCAACUGAUGAGUUGCAGUUACCGUAUUUUUUGCUCUAUAAGACGCACCAGACCACAAGACGCACCUAUUUUUUGGAGGAGGAAAACAAGGAAAAAAAUAUUCUGAAUCUCAGAAGCCAGAACAAGAAGAGGGAUCGCUGCGCAGUGAAAGCAGCAAUCCCUCUUGCUGUUCUGGCUUCUGGGGUAGCUACGCAGCCUGCAUUCACUCCAUAAGAUGCACACACAUUUCCCCUUAUUUUUUAGGAGGGAAAAAGUGAGUCUUAUAGAGCAAAAAAUACGGUAAAUCCUGCUCCGUCUGGCUGCACACCAGUUCAGGAUUUAACUCUGCCCUUCUGACUGUCAGCUAUCAGCUGACGUCUGCUGAUGGACGGGUGGGCACAGUUUGCAGGCCGACUUGGCAGUCCAAGAUUAGCCCAUGAGGUGGUUGUUCCCUACCUCUGCUCCAAACAGACUUCAAAGAGGCUCCCUGAUCAUUAGUUACAGCAAACUGCUAUGGAGGCACAUCUUCAAAGGAGGCUGCUGUUAAUUACCAAUCAGCUGUAACAACAGAGGGAUGAGGAAUUAGGGAUCCAGCCUGCUGGUUCCCUUACCCUGAGCUGAGCAAGCCUGUUGUCUCAAACUAUACGUGCAGCAGAAUGAGAUGACAGAAUGGACUAUAACACUCAAGACUGAAAGUGGGGGUGUAUGCAAUUUUUUAUUGCUCUCCCAUAGUUCACUCCACCUCAACAUAACACAGCAGGAAGAAAAGUUCUGUUCCAGACCCCUCCUUGCUGUGCUAUUUUUUUCUGACUCCAAAUAGCUUUUUGAUAUAAGGGAGCACUGGCAUUUGUGGUCCCACCACCCCCUUUGAAAUGAUAGCCCUUUCUCUUCAUUUGACCACCUUAUUCUGCUAUGUAUGUAGACCUCAGAGGCCCCUGCUAUAUGUAGAGGCCCAGAGAGGCAGCAAAAACAAGUCUAUUGAACCUUUGCAGGCCAUCAUAUAUGGAAGGUGGGCUGCAUUCAGCACACUGAAUCUCAGGCUGUACAUGCAUGGCCUAUACUAAUGAUGUGACUGUAAUCACAGCAGGGAUGCAAAGUCUUAUCGGCAGGGAGGAGAAAAAACCACUUCAAUGUCUUUUGAGAGGGAGAAUGCCAAAGUGAGAAAUGGGGUGUUUUUACUUGCAUGCACUGAAAAUACUGAACUGUUUUUGAAAAGUAAAAAAAGCACAUGCAAAAAAUAAUCAAAAAUCACACAAAAUUGACAUUUGAUGCUACAUGUCUUUGGGAAAUACAUUAGGUGGUUCACAGGUGGGGUUGCCCUGCCCACCUGUCAAAGCUGACCUAUAGGGGGCCACCAGGCCAAAAAGAUUCCCUGUUUAUGAUGUAUGUGAUAAGUAUAUAUAGAUAAGUUAAGUAUGGAGGUGUUGAUGGAGAGUAGUGAGAUGACAUGAUGGGAGUGCUUCUCCACAUCAGAAUUCCCUACUCAUAAGAAACCAGCACAGGGAGAUUAGAUUGGGAGCCUGUCUGAGAGAUGCAAGGUUUCCACAGGUACAAAGUUUAUUUUGGGAGGGUGAAUAUUUACAUAACACAAUGCUGGGUGCCAUUUGAAUUCUGAAGUGGCACUGCACAAAGCAAACUUUGCUACAUUAUGCUUCUGGCUACGGGGACUGCAGAAUUUUCUGGUGGACUGUGACCUCAAUGCAAUGCAGGGAAAACCCACUGCUGGGUCUCUUUGUGACUCCUAGAAAACCUCACAAAACCAGUGACUGUGCACUUUAUAAACGGCAAACCAAAAUGGAUGACAAACCGUUCUGUCUCUCAGGCACAUGGAAUGCAAGUGUACUAACAAAAGUGAGUCUCCGGGGAGGGUGUGUGUGUGUGUGUGUGUGUGUGUGUGUGUGUAGAAUUGUGGCUCUCUGUGUACCCUUGUUGUCAUUUUAGUUGUGAGCACAUGCACACUGCUGUCAACAAUUGCUGUUGAAACCCUUGCAAUAACAGUCCUUGUUUCACUUUGCCAAGGUGUAUUUGAUAUUAAACUUAACUUUUUCCAGGAAAAAAAGUACAAAAUGGUGAUGUGGUUAAAGAGUUGCAAUGCUGCUUUGUCCCAAUUCUCUCUCAUAUUCGUAUGUGCAAAGAAGAGGGAAUUUUGUCAUACAAGGAUAGGAGAAGCCAGCUAUGCAAAAAUCCCCACUUCUACAUAUAUACUAAAGAGGAACAGGCGUG